UGCUCUCGCCCAGCCCUUUACUCUGCGCCUCCCCUUCUGCUCUCGCUCACCUGGACGAAGAAGGAGGCGGAAGAUCCAGGGGGUCCCGGCCGCUGAGCCCCGAGAUGGAGAGCCGGGCCGGGGAGUCCCAGCCAGAGACCGGCGUCCAGGCAGAAGGCUUCCCCCAGAGCCAGGCGGGGGCCGUGAAGCAGGAAGAGCAGGACCCAUUGAAAGAAGAAAAAGAUGCUCCAGCAGUGCCGUGGCAGAGGUUACUCCAUGGGGAGGUCAAGCAGGAGGGUGAUGGAGGUGCCCCUUCCCUGGGUGAUGGGAAGGAGCACAAGAAAGAACAACAGCACAGAAGGAAAAUCAAAGUACAGCAGAACCAGCAGAAGAAAUCCAUUUUGUUGGCUAGAGCAGAUGUCAGUGAAGUUCACCUUACCAGCCAUGACAAACUCCACACAGCAGAGAAACGGUAUAAAUGUUCAGAAUGUGGAAAGAGCCUCGCAGCCAAGCAAUCACUAGUUUCCCAUCAAAGAAUCCAUACUGGAGAGAAACCAUAUAAAUGCUCAGAAUGUGGGAAGUGUUUCAGGCAAAGUUCAUCCCUUGCUUCCCAUCAAAUAAUCCAUACUGGAGAGAAACCAUACACGUGCUCAGAAUGUGGGAAGUGUUUCAGGCAGAGCUCUACCCUUGCUUCGCAUCGAGUACUCCAUACUGGAGAGAAACCACAUAAAUGCUCAGAAUGUGGAAUGAGCUUCAGUGGCAGUGGAAGUCUUACUUUACAUCAAAGAAUCCACACAGGGGAGAAACCACAUGAAUGUCCAGAAUGUGGAAAGAGCUUUAGGACGAGUACAGAUCUUAAGACCCAUCAAAGAAUUCACACAGGAGAGAAACCAUAUAAAUGCUCAGAUUGUGGAAAGAGCUUCACAGUCAGCUCAUUACUAGUUUCCCAUCAAAGAAUCCACACUGGGGAGAAACCCUAUAAAUGUUCUGUAUGUGGAAAGAGCUUCAGAGAUAACUCCGGCCUGGCUUCCCAUCAAAGAAUCCACUCAGAGGAGCGCCCAUUUAAAUGCUCUGACUGUGGAAAGGGCUUCAGAUCCAGCACACGCCUUAUUUUCCAUCAAAGAAUACACACAGAGGAGAAACCGUUUAAAUGCUCCAUGUGUGGAAAGGCUUUCAUACACAACUUAGACCUGUCUUGCCAUCAAAGAAUCCACACAGGUGAAACACCGUAUAAAUGCUCAGAAUGUGGAAAGAGCUUUAGGCUCAACUCAACACUAGCUCGCCAUCAAAGAAUCCACACAGGAGAGAAACCAUAUAAAUGCUCAGAGUGUGGAAUGAGCUUGAGUAGCAGUGGAAGUCUUAUUUUACAUCAAAGAAUCCACACGGGGGAAAAGCCACAUAAAUGCCCAGAAUGUGGAAUGAGCUUUAGGACGACUACAGAACUUAAGUGCCAUCAAAGAAUCCACACAGGAGAGAAACCACAUAAAUGCUUGGAAUGUGGAAAGAGCUUUAGGAGCAGUUCGGCCCUUUCUUCCCAUCAAAAAAUCCAUACAGGCGACAAACCAUAUAAAUGCUCAGAAUGUGGGAAGGCUUUCACACAGUGGUCAACCCUUGUUUACCACCAAAGAAUCCAUACUGGAGAGAAACCAUAUAAAUGCUUGAAAUGUGGAAAGAGCUUUAGGAACAGUUCAGCUCUUUAUGCUCAUCAAAGAAACCACACAGGUGACAAACCAUAUAAAUGCUCAGAAUGUGGGAAGGCUUUCACACACAGCUCAAGCCUUGCUUGCCAUCGAAGAAUCCACACAGGUGACAAACCAUAUAAAUGCUCAGAAUGUGGAAAGAGCUUCACAGCCAGCUCAGGUCUUGCUUCCCACCAAAGAACCCACACUGGGGAGAAACCAUAUAAAUGUUUGGAAUGUGGAAAAAGCUUUAGUUAUAGAACAAAUCUUACUUGCCAUCAAAGAAUCCAUACAGGGGAGAAACCAUACACAUGCUCAGAUUGUGGAAAAAGCUUCAGUCAAAGCUCAACCCUUGUUUCCCACCAAAGUGUCCACACAGGGAAGAAACCAUAUCAAUGCUCAGAAUGUGGAAAAAACUUCAGUAAUAGUGGAAGUCUUACUUCCCAUCAAAGAAUCCACACAGGAGUGAAACCAUAUAUAUGCUCUGUGUGUGGAAAGAGCUUCAGUCAGAGUUCAGUCCUUGCUUCCCAUCAAAGAAUCCACACAGGAGAGAAACCAUACACAUGCCCUGAAUGUGGAAAGAGCUUCAGUCAGAGUUCAGGCCUUGAUUCCCAUCAAAGUAUCCACAGAGGAGAGAAACCAUAUAAAUGCUCAGAAUGUGGAAAGAGCUUUACUAAGAAUGGAAGCCUUACUUCCCAUCAAAGAAUCCACAGAGGGGAGAAACCAUAUAACUGCUCUGAGUGUGGAAUGCACUUCAGUCAGGCCUCAGGGCUUGCAUCUCAUCAAAGAACCCACACCGGGGAGAAACCAUAUACAUGCCUUGAAUGUGGAAAGCACUUCAGUCGGGGCUCAAGCCUUGCUUCUCAUCAAAGAAUCCACACUGGGGAGAAACCAUAUAAGUGCUUGGAAUGUGGAAAGAGUUUCAGACAUAGCGCAAAUCUUUCUUCUCAUCAAACAAUCCACACAGGUGAGAAACCAUAUACAUGCUCUGCUUGUGGAAAGAGCUUCAGGGAGAGUGGAAGUCUUUAUUACCAUCAAAGAAUACAUACAGGGGAGAAACCAUAUAAAUGCUCAGAAUGUGGAAUGAGAUUCAGUCACAACUCACGCCUUGUAUCUCAUCAAAGAAUCCACAAAGAGGAGAAAACACACAAAUGCUCAGAGUGUGGAAAGGCCUUUAGCUAUAAAACCAAUCUCAUGUCCCAUCAAAGAAUCCACAGAGGUGAAAAACCACAUUGCUGUUUGGUGUGUGGAAAGAGCUUCAGUCAGAGUUCCAACCUUGCUUCCCAUCAAAGAAUCCACACAGGGGAGAAGCCAUAUAAAUGUUUGGAAUGUGGAAUGAGCUUCAGUCAGAGUUCAAGUCUUACAUAUCAUCAAAGAAUCCACACAGGAGAGAAACCAUAUAAAUGCUCUGAGUGUGGAAAGAGAUUUAGUUAUAAGACAAAUCUUGCUUCUCAUGAAAGAAUCCACACAGGGGAAAAACCACAUCAUUGUUUGCUAUGUGGGAAGAGCUUCAGUCAGAGUUCCAACCUUGCUUCCCAUCAAAGAAUCCACACAGGGGAGAAACCAUACAAAUGUUUGGAAUGUGGAAUGAGCUUCAGUCAGAGCUCAAGCCUUACAUACCAUCAAAGAAUCCACACAGGAGAGAAACCAUAUAAAUGCUCUGAAUGUGGAAAGAGCUUUAGUUAUAAGACAAAUCUUGCUUCCCAUCAAAGAAUCCACACAGGAGAAAAACCACAUUGUUGUUUGGUUUGUGGAAAGACCUUCAGUCAGAGCUCCAACCUUGCUUCCCAUCAAAGAAUCCACACAGGGGAGAAACCAUAUAACUGCUUGGAGUGUGGAAAAGGCUUCAGACGGAGUGAACACCUUAAUUCCCAUCAAAGAAUUCACACAGGAAAGAAAACUUAUAAAUGCUUGGAGUGUGGGAAAAGCUUUGGCUGGAGCCAAAGCCUUACUUGCCAUCAAAGAAUUCAUUCAGGUGAAAAACCAUAUAAAUGCCUGGAAUGUGGAAAAGCCUUCAGUGAUAGACGAUGCCUUUCUUCCCAUCACAGAAUUCACACAGGGGAGAAACCAUAUAAAUGCCUGGAGUGUGGGAAAAGCUUCACUCAGAGUGGACACCUUAAUACCCAUCGAAGAAUUCACACAGGGGAGAAACCAUAUAAAUGCCUGGAGUGUGGAAAAACUUUCAGUCACACUACAGUCCUUUCUUCCCACCAAAGAAUCCAUUCAGGUGAAAAACCAUAUAAAUGCCUGGAAUGUGGAAAAGCCUUCAGUGAUAGACGAAAACUUAAUUCCCAUCGAAGAGUGCACACAGGUGAGAAACCAUAUAAAUGCCUGGAGUGUGGGAAAAGCUUCAAUCAGAGGGCAAGGCUUACUCAGCAUCAAAGAAUUCACACAGGAGAGAAACCUUAUAAAUGCCUGGAGUGUGGAAAAUGCUUCAGUCAGAGGGAAAGCCUUACUCGCCAUCAAAGAAUUCACACAGGAGUGAAACCUUAUGAAUGCCUGGAGUGUGGGAAAUGCUUCGGUCAGCGGGGAAGCCUUAAUUCCCACCAAAGAAUUCAUAAAGGUAAGAAACCAUAUAAAUGUCUGGAAUGAGGAAACACCAUCAAGGAUAGUGGAAGCCUUACUUACCAUCAAAGAAUUCACACGAGAGAAACAAUUGCCUGGAGUGUGGGAAAAGCUUCAGGGUUAGUGGACAUCUUAGUUCCC